GUAACGCCAUCAUCUCUAGCCAAUGCUUCAAGAAGACAACAGAUUUUCAUUAUCCUUUUCCGAAUUUUCGUCGUUUUUUCAGUAGUCGUGUACAAUGUUCCAUUAUCGUUAUUCAUUCUUUACAUUUUCGUUAUACCGUUGUUAUUAUCUUGUUAAAUAAAAGUAUAAAAACGAAUUAGAACUGUAUUCAGUGAAAUAUUCACGCUUUGUAAUCACGUCGCUUCUUAAGUACGGACCAACAAGUCGGUGCAAUAAAAGACGAAAACCCUAUAUUGUCUGCAACAGGAUAUAUCUAGUCAAGUGACGGAAGGAAGAAAAGUUAUUCCAAAUAUAAAACAUUUCUUGUUGUCAAUAACUCCUUUUAUGAUCCUUUUGUAAUAGUGUUUCGAUAUUCGGUCAUUAGAAAUUAUUAUCUUAUUGAAUAUAUAUGAUUACACGCGGAUUUAAAGAUACUUUUUUAGAAAGGCUGCUAAUAGUAGCACGUGGCGUCAAUCCGUCAAAUCUAGUUUGAAACAUAUCGCACUGUUUUAGAUCCAUCCUGCGUAAAAAUGGCGAGUUUAGAGAUUGAACGAGGGAAGUUGGACUCUUCUAUACGCAAUUUAAAGCUCUCGGGUCAUGUAGGUUUUGAUAGUCUUCCAGAUCAAUUAGUAAAUAAAUCAGUUCAAAAUGGAUUUGUAUUUAAUAUCCUUUGUAUUGGUGAAACUGGUUUAGGUAAAUCGACUCUUAUGGAUUCAUUAUUCAAUACAAGCUUUGAAUCUACUCCAAGUCCACAUAAUCUAGCAUCUGUAAAGUUGAAAGCACAUACCUAUGAAUUACAAGAAAGUAAUGUUAAACUUAAACUUACCAUUGUUGAUACAGUCGGAUAUGGGGAUCAAAUUAAUAAGGAAGAUAGCUUUAAAACAGUUGUUGAUUAUAUAGAUGCACAAUUUGAAGCAUAUUUACAAGAAGAAUUGAAAAUCAAACGCUCUCUGUCAACUUAUCAUGAUAGUCGUAUCCAUGUUUGUCUCUAUUUCAUUUGUCCAACAGGUCAUGGGCUUAAAUCAAUUGAUCUUGUAUGUAUGAAAAAAUUGGAUACAAAAGUUAACAUUAUUCCAAUUAUUGCUAAAGCUGAUACAAUAUCAAAGACUGAACUGCAAAAGUUCAAGAGUAAAAUAAUCUCAGAAUUGCAAAAUAAUGGAGUUCAUAUAUAUCAAUUUCCAACAGAUGAUGAAAGUGUAGCUGAUGUAAAUUCUAGUAUGAAUGCACAUGUACCUUUUGCAGUAGUUGGUAGUACUGAUUUUGUACGAGUUGGAAACAAGAUGAUGCGUUCACGUCAAUAUCCUUGGGGUACAGUUCAAGUGGAGAAUGAAUCUCAUUGUGACUUUGUAAAGUUACGUGAGAUGCUCAUUAGAACGAAUAUGGAAGAUAUGCGUGAAAAAACCCAUUGUCGUCAUUAUGAAUUGUACCGUAAGAGAAGAUUAGAGCAGAUGGGAUUUAGUGAUGUUGAUAGUGACAACAAACCUGUAAGUUUUCAACAAACUUGUGAAGCAAAAAGAUCUAUUCAUUUACAAGAAUUACAACAAAAAGAAGAUGAAAUGAGACAGAUGUUUGUUGCAAGAGUAAAAGAAAAAGAAGCUGAACUUAAAGAAGCUGAAAAGGAGCUCCACAAUAAAUUUGAUAAAUUAAAAAAAGAUCAUACGGAAGAAAAAAAGAAAUUGGAAGAAAAUCGAAAAAAACUUGAAGAUGAUAUCUUAGAGUUUAAUAGACGCAAAACGCAGUUUGCUCAACAACCACAACAUCAUACACUUACAUUAGGGAAAAGUAAGAAAAAGUAAUAUAUCUAAAUGCAAAAAUAUAAUUCUUUUAUAAGGAGAUAUUAACAAAAAUAGAACUAUAAUCAGGAUAAUAGUAUUAAUUUAUAAUUUAGAUGCAAUAUUUAUCCAAAGUGUAAAAGAUAUACAAUCUUUGUAAAAAAAAUAAAAUAGAAAAACAACCAUUGCACAACACAA